AUGGGAAGCUUCAACGAGCCGACAGACACCAUCUCGCCGACACAGGUGUUGAAUUUCGGUGGCAAGCUUUCUCCUCGUAUGACAGAGACCAACUACUCAAUUGGAAUGUUCGAGCUCCGUUUUUUGCCCGAUGGUAAUCUCGUUCUCAAUCGCUUAUCACUCCCAACUGGAAAUCCUUACGAAGGUUAUUAUUCGAUCAAUACAAAUCUAUCGGGUUAUCAGAUGAUCUUCAAUCAAUCGGGCCACAUUUACAUCCUACGAAGGAAUCAAAGCAUAGUCAAUCUCACGCCGACGAACCUUGUUUUAACGGAAGACUUCUACUACAGGGCGAAAGUUGAUAUGGAUGGAACAUCCAGGCACUAUUGUAGCCUCGACAAUGAUGGAUGGGGAAUUUGCCAGUGUCCAUACGGAUUUUCCUUCUUCGAUCAGAGUAACAAAUUCAAAGGUUGCAAGCCGUAUGAUGUUAUACAAGCUUGCAAGCUUGAUCCGUUAAGGCGGAGGGAUCUGUUUGAACUGAGGGAAAUGGGGGAUACUGCUUUUCCUGGGAAUAACUAUGAAGGGAUGGAACCCAUGAGUGAGAAUGAAUGUAGAGAUGCUUACUUGGAUGAUUGUCACUGUAUGAACGGAAGGAGAAAGAUCAAGGGAGGCAGCUCCAUGUUUAUCAAUUUCACAUUAUUAGCGAUCUCUCUGUUUGUUUCAUCCAGAUACCAUAAGAGAUUGCGGAAAGUUCAAUGGAAUUCGAAUAUGCUGCAAUCAAAUUUGCGGUCUUUUACUUACAGAGAGUUGGAAGAAGCGACGGAUGGGUUCAAGGAAGAAUUGGGUAGAGGCGCUUUUGGCACUGUUUAUAAAGGAACCAUGUAA